GUGUCGCUGCUCCGGCGGGCCCGGCCCGGCCCCGAUCGCUCCGGGCCCCACCGGGGACCCCCGGACCCGCCGGGCCGGGCAGGGCCAGGGCCGGGCCGGGGGCCCCGACGCGCUCCGGGCCCCGGGAAGGGCCGGGCCGGGGGCUCCGGGCCGCAGGUCCCGGACGGCGGAGCCGGGAGCGCCUCAGGUGGAAGAUGGGAUGUUUUAGGUGAAACCUGCUUGCCAUGAAAUCCCGAGGGAGAUAGAGGGACUGCAGUGGGAACUCCUUCUCACUCCUCCACAACAAAUCCAACAACUGCCUGAUGGGAUUUCCUCUCUGCCUGGCGUCAUGGGGAGCUGCUGCAGCUGUCUGUGCCCAGACAGCAUCCCAGACAACCAUCCCACCAAAUUCAAGGUGACCAACGUGGACGACGAGGGGCACGAGCUGGGCUCGGGGGUGAUGGAGCUGACGCGGCGGGAGCUGAUCCUGCACUCGCACAAGCGCGACGCCGUGCGGUGGCCGUACCUGAGCCUGCGGCGCUACGGCUUCGACUCCAACCUGUUCUCCUUCGAGAGCGGCCGCCGCUGCCACACCGGCCAGGGGAUUUUUGCCUUCAAGUGCUCCAGAGCAGAGGAGAUCUUCAACCUGCUGCAGGACCUGAUGCAGUGCAACAGCAUCAACGUGGUGGAGGAGCCCAUGGUGGUCACCAGGAGCAGCCGCCCCUCGGAGGGGGAGCUGGCCCACAGCCCCCAGGGCCCCCCCAGUCUGGGCUACACUGGGCUUCCCAAUGGAUUUCACAGCUUCCCUGGAGAAUCCCUGUCCUGCUCUGCAGCCCAGCAGCCCUCAGUGAGCAGCCUGAGACAUUCCUCUGUGGGGGAAGACUCUACCCAUCCCCUGCUGGGGCCUGACGAGCAGUCCCACACCUACGUCAACACCGGCGAGCCGGAGCCGAGGGGCCGCCACUGUUUGCACCCCCUGCCUGAAGCCCACCCUCCUUUCCCCCCUAGGAACCACAGCUGCUCCCUGGAAGACCGAAACCCCCAGGUCUUCCUGCAGCCAGGGGAGGUGAAAUUCGUGCUGGCUCCCACCUCGGGUUACCGCCGGCUGUGCCGGCAGCCCCGGCCAUGCCGGCCUCACCUCUGCGCCCCCAACAACAACAACAACGAGUGCCAGCAGGGCUGUCCGUCCCCACAGUGUGUCUAUGAGAACCUCAACGGGCUGGUGGUGCCCAGCAGCUCGUCCCUGUGCCGGGCUGGCCGCUCCAAGGCGUCCCGGGAGGACGGCGGCUGCUCCCAGCGCCGCUCGGCGCUGCUGCACUACGAGAACCUGCCGGCGCUGCCGCCGGUGUGGGAGCUGCAGCCGGCCCAGCACAGGGAUGAGGACGCCGGCAUGGCGCCCACGCCGUCCCCAAACGGCUUCUCUGAGGCUGGAGAGGAGGAGCCCCUGCAGAACCCCGCGGGCUCGGAGCCGCGCCGCGCUUUCCUGCCCAGGCCCCGGCGCAGCCGCCUGCCCAACGUCUUCAGCUUCGACUUCCCCCGGCCCUGCCCGGAGCCGCCGCGGCAGCUCAACUACAUCCAGGUGGAGCUGGAGCCCGAGGCCUGCAAGGGACAGCAGGAGCCCAGGGUGGCGGCCCCUGGCAGCCCCGGUGCCCGCCGCACCGACUCCUACGCCGUCAUCGACCUCAAGAAGACGGCGGCCAUGUCCAGCCUGCAGCGGGCCCUGCCCAGGGACGAUGGCACCUCGAGGAAAACUCGCCACAACAGCACUGACCUGCCCCUCUGAGGGCCCCAAGUGCCAGCCCCGUGUCGUGGCUUUGGUCCCUGCCCCUCGUUGUGUCCUGUCCCCCCUGAGUGUGGCUCCCUCUCUCGCCAUUGCCAUCGCCGGGGCCCAGCGUGGCUCCUGCAGCUGCUGCUCUUGAGGCUCUGUCUGUCUGUCUGUCUGUCCUCCCCUCUCUGUGUGUUGCUCGUUUUUCAAGCCUUGUGGGAUGUGUGGUGGUUUUUCAAGCCUUGUGGGAUGUGUGGUGGUUUUUCAAGCCUUGUGGGACGUGUGGUGACUCUGAGGGUGGAAUUGCGGUGGCACAGCCUGGGCUGGGGCAGGGCAGGGGCAGCUGGGCAGUGCCUGGGGCAGUGCUCCCAAAACUGAGCUGCUCCAGGAGCUCUGUGCAAAUGGAGCCUGUUCCUCAUGGAUUUCACACCUCCAGGAGAGCUCUGUGGUGAGGCCACUCCAGAGCUGGGCUUUGCCUUGUGCUCCCACUGGUGCCUGGAGAUGAGGAGCUCGCGCCGUGGCCUUUCCCCCCUCAGCUCGCUGCUCGUUCCUGAAGCUUUUUAUCCUUCUGUCCCUGUCUCAGAUCCAAUUUCAAUUGGGCAGCUGCAAUGAAACCAGGAGGACACAGAGCCAUGGGCACACACUGUGAUCACAGAAACCUGAUUGCCUAAAUCCUUAAAUUCCCUCCCCUGCUUUAGAAGAGGAGGGAAAGGCCACAACCAUGAGGGAGACUGAAAGUUUGGUCUAGAAAACUUCACUUGUGCCAUACCCUGCUUUGUUUUUUUUUUUUUUUUUACCAGGGUUCUAUUUGGCAGCUGCUGAGAAGUGCUGUGGGUUUAUUUAUUUGUUUACUUAUUUAUUUAUGAGCUGCUCCUUUGCAUCCCAGUUCGUUGCCAAACUGGUGCCAGUCUGCAGCCUGUGCUCGCCGGGGCUCGCUCCUGCUUGGGAGGGCAGGUCCCAAAAGAGCUUGGUGGCUUUGCUGAGCCACCAACUGGGGGAAAACCACAGCGGAGAGGAGCAGCUGGGCAUGCAGAAUGUGUGAACUGGGGGGCUGAGUGUCGGGGGGUGGGUGGGAAAUGGAAUGGGAGCCGUGGGAGUGGGAGCGGAGCCGCCGGGCAGCCGAGCUUGGAGCGGCAUCAAAGCGACACCCACGAGCCCGGCUGGGGCUGGGAGCAGCCCAGCUCGGUGGCACGAGGGGAUGAGCACUUUGUUCUCUCAGCUGUGGGCCUGGGAGGGCUCAGGUUCCGGGUACAUUCGUGGCCUUUUGCUGUGGAUUUCUGUCCCGAUGCCGGGGUGGCGCUGGGCUGCCCCGGGAUGUCCCCUCGUCCCUCCCUGUGGGACACGUGGCACCUCGGCCUUUCCCUGGAUUUCUGUGCCUGUUCUGAUGGAGAGCGGUGCUCUGGGGUGCUCUGGGAUCCUCUGGGGUGCUCUGGGAUGCUCUGGGAUUCUCUGGGGUGCUCUGGGGUCCUUUAGGAUGCUCUGGGAUCCUCUGGGAUUCUCUGGGGUGCUCCAGAAUCCUUUAGGAGGCUCUGGGAUCUUCUGGGAUGCCCUGGGAUCCUCUGGGAUGCUCUGGGAUCAUUUAGGAUGCUCUGGGAUGCUCUGGGACCCUUUAGGAUGCUCUGGGAUCCUCUGGGGUGCUCUGGGAUCUUGUGGGAUUCUUUGGGGUGCUCCGGGAUCCUUUAGGAGGCUCUGGGAUGCUCUGGGAUUUUCUGGGAUGUUCUGGGAUCCUCUGGGUUGCUCUGGAGUGCUCUGGGAUGCUCUAGGAUUCUCUGAGGUUCUCUGGGAUGCUCUGGAAUGCUGUGGGAUCCUCUGGGGUGCUCUGGGAUUCUCUGGGAUGCUCUGGGAUCCUUUAGGAUGCUCUGGGAUCCUUUAGGAUUCUCUGGGAUGCUCUGGGACCCUUUAGGAUGCUCUGGGAUCCUCUGGGAUGCUCUGGGACCCUUUAGGAUGCUCUGGAAUCCUUUAACAUUCUCUGGGAUUCUCUGGGGUGCUCUGGGAUCCUCUGGGAUGCUCUGGGAUCCUUUAGGAUUCUCUGGGAUGCUCUGGGAUCCUUUAGGAUUCUCUGGGGUGCUCCAGGAUCCUUUAGGAGGCUCUGGGAUCCUCUGGGAUGCUCUGGGACCCUUUGAGAUUCUCUGGGAUGCUCUGGGAUGCUCUGGGACCCUUUGAGAUUCUCUGGGAUGCUCUGGGAUCCUUUAGGAAGCUCUGGGGUGCCCUGGAUCCGCCCUCCGUGCCAGCUGUGCCCGUGUUCCUGCUGGGACAGGGGCUGGCUGCAGUGCCAGCCCUCGUGUCCCCCUUGUCCUUGUCCCUCUGUUGACCCCCCAUGGGAGAGGAAGGAGCCCCAUCCCCCAGCUCCAGCUCCAGGCCUUGCAAAUUCACAAGUUCUGCCUUUUUUAAUUUUGUUUUUUUGGUGCUGUCCUGUCCUGUUGAGCCGUGACCCUGUUGGGGACAAGGCCAGGUGUCCCCAGUGCCAUGUUUGUGUCGCAGAACGUGCAGUCCUUGGCUUGCUGUUGCACUGUCAGUUCCAAGUGUGCCACCUGCUUCAAUCCACUGGUUUUUCUUUUCAUUUUGGAGGUCCUUGUGCUCGUCUUCCAUUCUUUCAUCUGUCCUUUGUGCCACCUGUAACUGAAAGGAGACCCAAGUAAUAUAUUUUUAUAUGUAUAACAAAUGAUUUUAUUUGAAGGAAAAAAAAAACAAAACAAAACAAAAAACAGCCCCCAACCCCAAGUAAUGUAUCCUCCUAAAUCCAGCUUUCAUUUAGGGAAGUGAGAGAAGAAAUUGUUUAUAUCUAUCUAUCUAUAUAAAUAUAUAUAUAUACAUAUAUAUAUAUGAAAGUUAACUGCGUUAAGCUUUAAAUAAAGUAUUUAAAUAAAGAA